CCGGGUGGCAGCGGGGCGAUGCAGAGCGCCGUGUUCGUUUCGCUGCCGCAGGACGGCGGGCGGAUGGAGCGGGGCAGCCGGCGGCGCGCGGAGCUGGAGGAGGCGGACAAGGGCAGGAUGAUGAAGCGCACCAUCAUUAAGGACUGGAAGAAGAAGCUGAGCUACUUCCUGCAGAAUUCUUCCCGCUCUAGCAAAAUGAAGUCCAAUAAAGCGAGCAAACACCACACCUACUUCAGACCUUCCCCUGAGGAAGCCCGGCUGUGGUCAGAAGCCUUCGAUGAACUGCUGGCUAACAAAUAUGGUGUUGCUGCUUUCCGAGCUUUUCUGAAGUCUGAGUUCUGUGAAGAGAACAUCGAGUUCUGGCUGGCAUGUGAGGACUUCAAGAAAACCAAAUCCCCUCAGAAGCUGACACUGAAGGCAAAGAAGAUCUACAAUGACUUCAUUGAAAAGGAGGCUCCCAAGGAGAUAAACAUUGACUUCCAGACCAAGAACAUGAUAGCACAGAACCUCCAGGAAGCCACACACAGCUGCUUCAGUGCUGCACAGAAAAGAGUUUACAGCCUCAUGGAGAACAAUUCAUACCCACGGUUUCUGGAAUCAGAGUUCUAUCAGGAGCUGUGCAAGAAGCCUCCCAUCACCAGAGCUGCCCAGGGGACAUGAAUACAGAGCAAGGAGAUGCCUCUUAGCUACCAAGGAACCGAGCUGGCUUGGCAGCAUCCUGACCUGAAAGACUGAGAUGGGUGCACUCAGUUGGUUUGCCACAGCGUAAGGACUGAUAUUGACUUGGUGCAAAGCUGGUGGCAAAGGACAUUGUUGGAAGGCAUUUGUGGCUGGCAGCAGUGCACCAGGCUGGUGAUGCUCUUUUUGGAGUGCUGCAGUAAAGGUGCCUCUAUGCAUCAAACUGAGCUGUGCCGUGUGACACACUCCUUGUCACAGCCGUGGUGUUAUGCACCAGGUCAGCACAGAGCUGCCCUUCUGCAAGCAGAAGCACAAGACUGUGCAGUUGAGCGGUGCUGGGAACUUGAGUCAUGUAUAGAUUCUGGGUUUUUUUCCUGAACAUCAACCAGUACUGCUGUCAUCAGUUCCUUGGUGUUUCAACGCCAUUUGCUUAAGCUGACACAGGCUGCAAAGAGAUGUACUGGGUUUGUGUGUGGCUUGCAGGCACUACUUCCAUCCUCACUGCUGUGCAAGGAGGGGACAGCCAGUUCAGCUCCAGAAGGAAUGGGCUAUGCAGCUGAGCCUGCAGGGCUGGGCAUGGCAGCAGGGCUGCAUGAGGCUGGGCAGAGGGCAAAACCCAGCCAUAGUGAACAGGAUCUAUACAGUAUUAUAUUUAUAUAUGGAUUAUGAUUGUGUUGAAUACUGCAAUAUGUCAAUUCUGUUUGAGACAGCAAGCUUCAGUGAAGUCUUACUGUUUUUAAUAAACUAUUUUGAUACAAAGCUGCUUUUGUUGCUUGUUUUGCAUGCAACUGGCACUGAUCUCAGUGAGGUACCAUGCAGUAACCACUCUUACAAGCGCCAUCUCCACAGGGCUAUAUUAAGCUAUUAGUUCUUAAUCUACAAGGCAAGUUAGUGCUUCUACCAUAAUAAAAACCUUCAGAGCUUGAAAGCUUUGAUGGUUUUCAUAGGGAGGUAGACUAUCUCUACAACAUGCAAAGUGCGUGUAUGGCUGGACAUUUCAGAUCAGCCAGAAAGUGUAGCAUUGCUGCUGAAGCUCACAGCCAUGAAAUAUAGGCACCUACAGUGCAGCAGCACAUCUGCUCCUGUUCAAGACCUCUGCUUCAAAUAGGGCUUCAUUUCCAGGCUGCAAACCAUGCAAAUAGAGCACUUUACUGCCUGCUGAGCAAGCAAAUCAUAGCAGGAGUCUGGUCAUCCACAUUGCAAGGCUGGUUGAUUUUUCUGUUCGUCAGUGUCCAAAACCAGCACCUCCAGCAGUCCCACAGACAGAAUCCUGGCUUGCUACUUCCAUGAUUUCUCUGAACUCAAGGUCUGCUCACAUCCUGGCUCCAGCUACUUCUCCCAUCCUCCUCAUAUCACAGCUUUACCUGCUUGGUUCACAUAUAGCAGUCACUUCUCCAGGGAUCCACUUCUCCAAGCAUCAAGAAAAGCCUCACUAUAGCAUUUUACAUUUCAGCUGUAUAUCAAGAGCAGCUAUUCUAUGCAUAUGUAUACAAACUGCAGGAUUUGCAGCAGUAUACACAUUCUACUGUCUCUAGACAGAAAGAAGCAUAGUCCCAGAAACAGGGCCCUGUGAGAUCUGGCUCUCCUACAGUCAAACUUGCUGGUCACUUUGGUUAUACUCACAUAGAGCAAGCACAGUUAAAAAAAGACUCAGCCUGAUAAUUUGCUGUAACAAAGUUUUUUCCCU